AUGGACAACAAGCUGAAUGUCUGCAGGAAGGAGUUAGUGGAUGUUCAUGGUGUCCCCAUCUUCUCGUGCAUUGCUGAGGAGUGGUCCCAGGUAGAAUCAUUUGAGGCCCGGCCAGAUGACCUUCUGAUUUCCACCUAUCCCAAAUCUGGAACAACCUGGAUCAGUGAAAUAUUCGAUUUGAUCUAUAACAAUGGGGAUGUGGAGAAAUGUAAACGGGAUGCAAUAUUUAAUCGAGUGCCUUUCAUGGAACUUACCCUUUGUGGAUUCAGAAGUGGUGUUGAGCUGUUGAACAACAUGCAGUCUCCCCGAUUAAUAAAAACACACCUACCCGUUCAACUUCUCCCUUCUUCAUUUUGGAAGAAUGACUGCAAGAUAAUCUACAUGGCACGGAAUGCCAAGGAUGUUGCUGUAUCUUACUACUAUUUCUAUCAGAUGGCAAAAUUACACCCAGAGCCUGGAUCCUGGGAGGAGUUCCUGGAUAAAUUCAUGGCUGGGAAGGUGUGUUUUGGUUCCUGGUAUGACCAUGUGAAGGGCUGGUGGGAGAAAAGAAAAGAUUAUCGUAUCUUUUACCUAUUAUAUGAAGACAUGAAAGAGAAUCCAAAGUGUGAAAUUCAGAAACUGUUAAAAUUUCUAGAAAAAGACAUUCCAGAAGAAAUUGUGGAUAAAAUCCUCUAUCACUGCUCUUUUGAUGUGAUGAAGCAGAACCCUAGUGCAAAUUAUACCACUAUGGAAAAUAAUCUUAUGGACCAUUCUGUGUCUCCCUUCAUGAGAAAGGGUAUUACAGGAGACUGGAAGAAUCAGUUCACUGUAGCCCAGUAUGAGAGAUUUGAAGAAGAUUAUGUAAAGAAAAUGAAAGGUUCUACACUGCAGUUUCAGUCAGAAAUCUAA